AUGGCCCUCACGGUCCAUCCAUCUCUCUUCAAAGACUAUCCUGACAUCUCCGACUUCGAAAAUGCGUCACGCUUUUUGCAAGCACUACGCAUGUCGAUGAAGUUGGAGGAUGCGCCGCCAUCAUUCUUGUCUACAAAAUGCAUUCAACAGCUUCUCCGGGAAAACCCUAUGUACUAUGUCAAUUUGGAACGCCGCCAUGCUCGUGCCUUACUAUGCCCCAAUCCUUCUAAACCGGCUUGGAGAGGUAGCCGCUAUUUAACAACUAUCGAGUCAUACUUGGAGCGUCUCCGUCAUGGUUCCGACACGUUCUGCAACCCCACUGCUUCAUCAUUUUGGGCUCCCAGCAGCUAUAAUUUUAGUGCCAAGUACAGCUUCAGAUACGCUGACCACAUCCAGAGUCUGGAAAUACCCCGUCUCGUAAACACCAGCGAGCCUGUCCUUCUUCUUCAUGACUUUGGUACAUUCUCUAACAACGCCACACUGAAUCACCGUAUUGCACGCAUCUAUCAGAAUAACACGAAUUCCUUCUUUGUCAAUGGGUCGGCGUCAGGCAAAACAAGGCUGUUGUUGGAAGGCCUUCAUCAAAAUUGGGGAUUCUAUUUUACUGCUGCCGUCGAUUCUUCCAAACUAGGAUCGAACGACAUCUCAACGAUGAUGAUCGAUUUCGAGAUGGAGGGUGUGUUCAACAGAAUCCUUCCACCAAAGGAGGAUCCCACUUUUGAAAUCUGCUUGGAUCUUAAUGCCCGUUUCACCUACCGAUACUUCAGUGUGGUACUCCUCGCUCGUUUGGUCGUCUUCAAAAGGUUCUUGGAAGCCGCGUCGGGGAAACCUGAUGAUGGAAUGCGACAUCGCUGGCUUCUCGCACAGCUCCAUCCACGUCUUCUUCAGUUAUCCAAUGGACCUAAACGCGACCCAUUCGAUGAGUUGCGAGACAUUAUGCAAGAAUGGCAAUCCGCGAAACCUUUGGACUCCAUCUUUUCUCUUUUCCCCACAACUCCGGGAACACCACUCUUCAUCGUGAUCGAUGAGGGCAAUGUCCUCGCGGAUGGCGGAAAAUACACUUUCUCUGAUGCAUUUGGGGACGGCCGACCAAUCCUCAAGGAGUUGUUGACGACUUGGCAACAUCAUGUACAGGCUUACGAUGUCACUUUUAUCGUUGCUGGUACCGAAAUUCCGCGGAAACACUUCCAAGGUGAUCAGUGGAGCAACUACCAGUGGAGUUCAGAUUCGGGUGACUUCGGCACUCCCGAACUACAUAGACAAUACGUAUCUAAAUUCUUGCCACCAUCCAUAGCGUCGAGUCCUUCUGGCGAGGAGCUACAGUUGCGGAUGUGGAGAUGGUUUCGCGGGAGGCAUAGAUUUACGGCUUCAGUGAUUUCCCAGCUGCUUGCCACCGAUUUCCAAAGCCCCCACCGCCUCCUUGACUUCCUUGUCUGGUUAAGUACCGGUUAUGAACCUCGCGAUGGCGAAGCGUACAGUCGUGCAGAAGAGUCCAGGGACUUUGAGCGUCGUUACUUGCCGAUGAAAAUGCCGGACCCAAAACAUUAUCCUUCCGUCAAGGCUGCUGUCCAUGAUGCUUUGAUCCACUGUCUCGUUACUCUUGAUCAUCGUUUGGUCUUUGGGAUUGAUCGAGUCGACGCCGUUUCUCGAGGUGUUGGACGGUUUAUUGAUGCCAACAUGGAACAGAUUGUCAUCGACGAGCCUCUCUGCCUCGUAACAUGUGCUCAAUGGUUUGCCGACAAGAAGAGAUCUCUCACAGACAUCGAUUUCUAUCUAUCUGCGGAUACAAGCUACCAGUGCCCUCUUUCUGCCGCCUGUUUCGUAGCGCUUUGUUUAGCUCACGUCUUUUCUCAGCCUCGAGCUGUAGCGGAUGUCCUCUCUUUUCCAGGUACACGACCAGACUGGGCUAACCAAACUGCGAGUCUCGUGGAUUUUGCGUCAACCAAUUCCGGCGAGGAGAUUGGCAUAUCUAAAUAUACUUCUGGCACCUCUCGACGUCUGGCUUCCGUCGCCGAAACGCAGGCCGAUACACUCGCUUGGUUGAAAGACGAGCAUAGGAGCGUGUUUUGUAUUCAUUCUGCUAGCUCUACAAGCCCGACUCUGUUAUUUAGUCUAAAGCUCGCAGACGAGAGUCUCCUUUGGCUUUUCUUGCAUGUCCAUCUUGAUGGAAAGACGGAAGAACUGGUGCCUGAAGCCGAGCUCCAGGACAUGUUGGAGGCCCUACAACCUGAAAAUCUCUUCGACCAACUCGCCGACGAAAGAACAGGCAUCGAUGGAUCUCUGCCCACAGACGUGGCUCCUCCUCCUUCCACCGCCAAGUCCGACUCGUCUGAUCCUCCCAAAAAGUCUGAAGCACCAGAUGACUUUCUUAAACUGCUCGAGGGCCUUCCUAACAGGAACCAGGGUGUGGGCGCGUACAGUGUUCUGCGCGUAGUCGCUUCGCUGCGUGCCGAUGCCAAGCUUGACCACCUGGAUGUUAAUCCCGAUCACCCCAUCGCUGAGCUUAAUACUCGGUUUGUGCAGAGUAUAACUGAGAAAUUCUCUGCGAAAGAUAUUCUUGAAGAUGUCGUAGCGAAUACGACAUAUGUCGAGGGGUAUACGGGAGUGAAGAGGAAGAGUACCGAUGAUAGACCUACUUUGAAGCGUCGGCGGUCAGCAUCUUCAUUUAUUGGCAGCGUUCAGGAAGUUGAUGUAUGA